UGAGGCCCGGGAAAGGACACAAGAGAAGGGGUGUGGGGAGCCAAGACAACGAGAUCCCCCCCUGCCCUGGGGGUCUCCCCCCAAGCUCCCUGAAACGUAGGCUCAGUGAGCAGCGGUUUGGGGUCGGCUGGGGCGUGGGGAGGGUCGCGGGGCGCUGCGCUGGCGGGGGCGUGACAUGGGGGACCAGCCACACAGACAAAGGCGCUGGAGCAGGGAGGAGCCAGAGGCGGCAGGGCCGGGAUGCGGGCAGGGAUGCUGGAAUUCCUGGGAUGCUGGGGACUCAUCAAUGUUGCCUCCCGUGCUAAAUCUUUGUGGACCCCCCCCCGCCCCUCCCCAUGCUCCCUGGGCCAGGGAUGAAGGACAGAAGCUCAGAAGAGGAUCUGGGGCCGGGGGGUGGGUUUCCCCGGGAGCUCUGGGGACACACACAACCCCCCUGCAGGGCCCAGACAGACCCUCGGUGACCAGCCAGCCUGGUCACUGCCCUCCCACCCCGGGAUGCAGAAGCUUGUUCCUUGUGCCCCCCACCCUCCCCCCCGUUAACCCUCAGCUUCCCCCUCUCCACCCCGCAGCUGGACCCGGCCCACGGGGGUCCAGGAGGGUGGGGAGGGGGCAGGUCGGGGGAUAGCACCCAGUGUCCAGCCAAUCCUGGGAUGGUGGCCAGGCCUGGCCUGGGAGAUGUGCCAGCCUGUGUCCCCCCCCGCCCCCUCCCUCCAGCUGCUGACACGGAGAUGCCAGAGGAGGGGACGGCUCCUUGUGGCACCCUGCACCAGCUCUGGCACGCAGCCCCUGCCCCAAAAUAGCCCCAGGCCUGCGCGGAACUCAGGGGGGUGGGGGGUGGGGGGGCGCGUCCAGCAGAACCUGGCACAGACGUGCCCCCCGCCCCACUGCCUGCACUGCCGGGGGGGCCACGGGGUGCCCGGCCAGGCUGCGCUGGGCCCCAGGGCCCUGUGUGGGGGUCCCCUCAGGAGUGAGCAGAAGUGGGGGGCAAAGAAGGGUUCCCGAAAGGUCAGGAAGGCAGCGGGCAGCCCGCUCGGGUUACCGGCCCCCCCCGCCCCGGGUGCUCCAGGGAACAACAGCCUGACCCGCCGGGCUGGGCACCCUGCCGGGCCGGGGGGGCAAGCGAGAGAUGGGGGGCAACCCCAGGGGGAUGCUGGGGACAUGGGGCAGCCCCGGCGGGGGGGGGGAUACUGAGGAGGUGAGGCAGUCGGGGGGGGCAAGGCGGGGGAUGCUGGGGCCAGAGCAGCCCCGGGGGGGGAUGCUGUGAACUGAGGGGGAUACUGGGGGCGGGACAGCCGGGAUGCUCUGUACCCCCCGGUGAGGGGGGGGGACACCCGCCGCCCCCCUCCCCUCAGAACCACCCCACGGGGCGCGGCCGGACACGCGUGGCCGGUGCGACAGGCGCUGGGGAGACGGCGGCCAACCAGACAAUUAAAGGGGCCGGGAGCGCCGCGCUCCGCUCCGCCGCCUUUGUCCCUCCUCCCGCCCGGUGGCGGCGACGGCGGCGGCCCCGGUACCGAUUCCGGUACCGGCCCCAAGCCUGGAACCGCGGCGGUCCCCAUGCACCGGCCCCCGCCGCCGAACCCCCCCGCACCAUGCCCGAGGACGGUGACCGGUCCCGGCGGGCCCCGGCCGGCGAAGAACGAACGGAACCGGCGGCUCCGACCGGCGUCCUGGAUAAACUCUUCGGGAAGCGGCUGCUCCAGGCCGGGCGCUACAUCAUGUCCCACAAGGCCUGGAUGAAGACGGUGCCCACGGAGAACUGCGACGUGCUCAUGACCUUCCCGGACACCACUGACGACCACACGUUGCUCUGGCUCCUCAACCACAUCCGCCUCGGCAUCCCCGAGCUCAUCGUCCAGGUCCGGCACCACAAGCACACCCGUGUCUACGCCUUCUUUGUCACCGCCACCUACGAGAGUUUGCUGCGUGGGGCUGAUGAGAUCGGGCUGCGGAAGCCGGUGAAAGCGGAAUUCGGGGGGGGGAUGAGGAGCUUCUCCUGUGAGGAGGAUUAUAUCUAUGAGAACAUCGAGAACGAGCUUUACUUCUUCACCUCUCAGGAACGGCAAAACAUCAUCAGGUACUGGCUGGAAAACCUCCGCGCCAAGCAGGGCGAGUCGCUGCACAACAUCCACUUCCUCGAGGGACAGCCCAUCAUCCCGGAGCUGGCAGCCCGCGGCGUUAUCCAGCAGGUUUUCCCACUGCACGAGCAAAGGAUCCUCAAGAGGCUGAUGAAGUCCUGGGUGCAGGCGGUUUGUGAGGCCCAGCCCCUCGAUGAGAUCUGUGACUACUUUGGGGUGAAGAUUGCCAUGUACUUCGCCUGGUUGGGCUUCUACACCUCUGCCAUGGUGUACCCUGCCAUCUUUGGCUCUCUUCUUUACACCUUCACCGAGAGUGACCAGACCAGCCAGGAUAUCUGCUGCGUGGUCUUUGCCCUCUUCAAUGUCAUCUGGUCCACCCUCUUCCUCGAGGAGUGGAAGCGCCGGGGAGCCGAGUUCGCCUACAAGUGGGGGACGUUGGACACCCCGGCCGAGUCCAUUGAGGAGCCACGUCCCCAGUUCAGGGGCAUUAAGAGGAUCAGCCCAGUGACCAGUGCCGAGGAGUUUUAUUACCCCCCGUGGAAGAGGCUGCUCUUCCAGUGCCUGGUCAGCCUCCCCGUCUGCCUCGCCUGCCUCUCCUGCGUCUUCCUCCUCAUGCUGGGCUGCUUCCAGCUCCAGGAGUUUGUGCUGAGCAUCCAGGAGCUGCCCCGGAUCAUCCGUUUCCUCCCCAAAAUCAUCCUGGCCGCCAUCGUCACCACCUGCGAUGAGGUUUACAAGAAGAUUGCCUAUUGGCUGAACGACAUGGAGAACUAUCGCCUGCAGAGUGCCUACGAGAAACACCUCAUCAUCAAAAUGGUCCUGUUUCAGUUUGUAAAUUCAUACCUGAGUCUUUUCUACAUCGGUUUCUACCUCAAAGACAUGGAGCGGCUGAAGGAGCUCCUGCUCAUCUUCUCUCUCUCCCAAAGCCUCGUGCGUCAGCUCAAAGAGGCUCUCCUCCCCUUCAUCCUCCUCCACCUCCACCUCUCCCUCAUCUUCUUUAAGGGCCUCCUGGGCUUUUGCUGGAAACUGGGAGUAUCCAAAAUGCUGGCCACGCUGCUCAUCACCCGCCAGUUCCUGCAGAACGUCCGGGAGGUGUCACAGCCCCACCUGUAUCAGCGGCUGCGCCGGGGGGACUUGGACCUCCGCAGCCUCCGCCAGCUCGUCCACGCCAUCCUCAGCCUGCUCACCCCCCGCCGCCACCCCCCGGCCCCCCCCGAGGGGCCACGGGGGGAGAAGAAGUGUCUGAACGGGGGUUGCGGGGUCCCGGAGGAAGAGGAGGAGGAGGAAGAGCGUCGCGAGUCGGACUCGGAGGAGGAGAGCGCCCUGGACUGCGGGCUGAAGCUGAAGAAGGUGAGCUUCAUCGAGAGGGCGGAGCGGCGCGGCGGGGAGCCCGGCGGCCCCGAGGACGAGAGCUUCCUGGAGGAGGGCAGCCCCACCAUGGUGGAGAAGGGCAUGGAUCCCGCCGCCGUCUUCGAGCUGUGCGAGGAUGAGGAGGAGGCCGAAGGCGCGGCCGGUAGCCCCGUCAAGGCGGUGGAGCCGGCGGUGGUCCCGCGGGCCGGCCGGAGGAGGAGAGGGGCUGAGGGCAGGGAGGAGGAGGAGGAGGGGGAGGAGGAAGGGCGGAAACGCAACCGGGCAUCGUGGAUCGACCCGCCGGAGGAGGACUACUCCACACAGCUGACCCAGGCGGAGGUGGAGAGCUGCAUGAAGAAGUACGAGGACACCUUCCAGGACUACCAGGAGAUGUUCAUCCAGUUUGGGUACGUGGUGCUCUUCUCCUCUGCCUUCCCCCUGGCCGCCAUGUGUGCCCUGGUGAACAACGUCAUCGAGAUCCGCAGCGACGCCUUCAAGCUGUGCACGGGGCUGCAGCGACCCUUCGGCCAGCGGGUGGAGAGCAUCGGGCAGUGGCAGAAGGUGAUGGAGGCCAUGGGCGUCCUGGCCAUCGUGGUCAACUGCUACCUGAUCGCCCAGUGCGGGCAGCUCCAGCGCCUCUUCCCCUGGCUCAGCCCCGAGGGAGCCAUCAUCUCCGUGGUGGUGCUGGAGCACUUCGCCCUGCUCCUGAAGUACAUCAUCCAAGUGGCCAUUCCCGACAUCCCCGCCUGGGUGGCUGAGGAGAUGGCCAAGCUGGAGUACCAGCGCCGCGAGGCUUUCAAGAAGCACGAGCGGCAGGCCCAGCACCACUUCCAGCAGCAGCAGCGGCGCAAGCGGGAGGAGGAGGAGCGGCAGCGACACGCGGAGUUCCAGGCCCGCCGGGAACGCGAGGCCAACCGCGACGAGACCAAGGCCGAGGCCGCCGGGCAGGACCCGGCUCACGAGAAGAGCCAAAGCAAAGGGAAAGGCUCCGGGGGUUCCUCGCACGGCUCCGACAAGCCCAAGAGACCCAGCUCCCUCUUGGCCACCAACAACGUGAUGAAGUUGAAGCAGAUCAUCCCUUUGCAGGGCAAGUUCCUCUCCGGGGGGGCCGGGGCUGGCAGCACGGCCGCCGCCAGGUCCCCCCAGUCCCCCACGGGCAGCGAGAACAAACUCCCUGGAUUCCUCAGCUUCAAGUUCCUGAAAUCCCCAGAGACUAAGCGGGACACAGGGACCGAGAAGGUCCAGUCGCCCACCAAGCCAUUCAACCCCGGCAAGCUCUUCAAUUUCGGCAAGUCCGAAGGGGCCGGGGGCAACGGGGCCGCGGCCACCGCCUCCCCCCAGCCCCGGCCCGGCCCCUCGGCGGACACGGGCGAGCGGCCGGUCCCCAGCAAGUCCCAUCUCAACGGGAUGCCGGAGGAGGGCGGCCGAGAGGAGCCGGAGAGCCGGGCGGAGGAGGAGAGCGGGGGCUACAGACUCUAACCGGACCUUUUGCGGUCCCUGGUCCCCGCAGCCACUGUCACCCUCUCGCCUGCCGUCCCCGCCGCAGGGCUGAGCCCGCCGGCUGCCAACGCUCGCCCCUCGCUCUGCACCGUCCCCCUCUGCCCUGUCCCCUCGUGUCCUUCCAGCCCCUCGUCCCCAGCUCCGGGGGGGGGGUCCGGCCGCCUCGGGCACCGAGGACGCCAGAGCCAGGCGCUUGGCAGCGGGGGCAGCCCGGAGCGUCCCGGCAGGAUUCCCCGUCCCGCGGCUGGGAGAUGCCCCGGCCCAGCUCUGCGUCCACGAGCCGGGGGUCCCGGCCGCCGUCUCCGCACCUGAGGACUCGGCCCAGGGAGACGCUGCGGUUCGGCGGGGGAGUUGGGUGCUGCGGGGUCCAGCGGGACCGGGCACCGGCGUCUCCGUUGGCGGCGGGACGAGACGGCGGGAACGGCGAGAGGAGCCCGAUUCACCCGUGCCUACAGCCCCUGCCCCACAGCCACCCCCCCGGCACCCACCGGCUGCCUCCGCCUGGAUUCCUUCCCAACACCGGGACAUCCUCCUGCCCGCAGCCCGGACGGCCGGGAGGGAGGGGGGGCUCGGCCCGGAUUCCCACGCAUGGGCAGCAUUUCUUGCACUAAAAACCCAAACCAACCCCCAA